GAGUGAAAACCCUUCUAAGUGGUUGGGAAAACUUUUAAUUUAUAUUUCAUUAACUCCUUUCUCUUUUGCUAUAUACUUAAAAAAUUGACGCGCACAUGAAAAUAUGGAAAGUACAACGAAUUGGUUUGACUGAUGUCGAAAAGAAGAAUGUAAAGUCGAUUCCUUCACCUGCUCUUAUUACUCCCGCAUUGGCGUCACCGGAACACAGCAACCAUUUCCGAUUGCUCAAUAAAAAAUGGGGAUAUUUAUUUCCAAACCUCACCCUACUCCAGUCAACGCCCCUAUAAGCUCCAAUCCCACGCGCAAGGGCCUUCUGAAGGCUUCUUGGGCUAGAUGGCAGGGCUCGGUGAGGCCUGUUGAUGUGGAUAGGGGUUCCGGAUUGAAUAAGAAUUUCGGGUUUUUGAAGAAUUUUGAGUGCAAGUAUGAGAUUGUGGAUGAAGUUUGGAGAGGGAAUUUUAGCUAUACUUGCAGAGCUCAGUGUAAGAAAGGCAAGUUUAAGGGGCUUGAUGUUGCGGUCAAGAUCAUUCCCAAAGCAAAGAUGACAACUGCCAUAGCCAUCAGCGAUGUCAGAAGGGAGGUGAAAAUUUUAAGAGCUUUGACAGGGCACCACAAUACAGUAGAAUUUCAUGAAGCAUAUGAAGAUCAUACGAAUGUCUAUGUUGUGAUGGAGUUAUGUGAAGGUGGUGCCCUUUUGGAUAGAAUUCUUUCAAGAGGCGGAAAAUACACGGAAGAUGAUGCAAAGGCCGUUCUGAUACAAAUAUUGAAUGUUGUUGCAUUCUGUCAUUUGCAAGGGGUGGUGCACCUAGAUCUUAAGCUUGAGAAUUUUUUGUUUAAACUAAAGGAUGAGGACCCACAACUGAAGGUUAUUGAUUUUAGAUUGUCAGAUUAUGUGAAGCCAGAUGAAAUGUCAAAUGCUAUUGCGGGCACUCCAUACUAUAUGGCUCCAGAAGUUUUACAUGGAUCUCACAAUAAUGAGGCUGAUGUCUGGAGUAUUGGUGUGAUAUCAUAUAUCCUAUUAUGUGGCAGCCGUCCAUUCUGGGCUCGAACUCUCUCUGGGAUCUUUGAAGCUGUUCUAAAAGCUGAUCUUAGUUUUGAUGAACCAUCCUGGACUUCUGUAUCUUCCGAGGCUAAAGACUUUGUCAAGCGUCUAUUGAAUAAAGAUCCACGAAAAAGAAUGUCCGCUGCUCAAGCCCUGUGUCAUUCAUGGAUCAAGAAUAGUCAUGACAUAAAGUUUCCACUGGACAUAUUGGUUUUGAAACUUAUGAGAGUUUAUAUGCGUUCAUCUCCUCUUCGAAAAGCAGCUUUAUGGGCUUUAUCCAAGACAUUGACAGUUGAUGAGCUAUUUUAUUUGAAGGAGCAAUUUAUGUUGUUGGGACCAAACAAAAAUGGAACUAUAAGCUUAGAAAGCAUCAAACAAACCUUGAUGAGAAAUUCAACUGAUGCCAUGAAAGAUUCUCGUGUGCAUGAUCUUUUGGUACAGUUCAAUGCGCUUCAAUUUAGAUGGAUGAAUUUUGAGGAAUUCUGUGCAGCAGCUUUGAACGUUCAUCAGCUGAUGGCACUGGACCAAUGGGAGCAACAGGCUCGUUGCGCCUAUGAACUAUUUGAGAAAGACGGUAACAGGGCUAUAAUGAUUGAGGAAUUGGCUUAUGAGCUAGGCCUUGGCCCCUCUAUCCCUGCUCCUGCUGUACUGAAUGACUUCAUCAGGCACACAUAUGGAAAGCUUAGUUUUGCUGGUUAGGUAAACCUGUUGCACGGGGCUCCCCCCCUCUCCCUCUCCCUCUCUCCCUCCCUCCGAAGUAUUUGCGAACAGUGAAACUUGCAUCUACCAGUUUUAAUAUGUUCAAGGUAUACCCAUCCUGGGUUGUUGAAUUAUGAUAGCAUAUCUAAUUCAUAGAAAUCAUUUUAUGCUUU